UCAGAUAUUGCCUCUUUUCAAGCUACCAGGCCAGCAAGUCCAUUCAGCUGGAAGCUGGGAGAGCAGCCUUGUUUUCAUUUAGACUCCUUUUCUGCCACUUGUUCCACGAUGUAUGUCAAGAGUUAAAAGCUGUCUGAUCACUGUAUUUGAGUUGGCAAAGCAGACCCUAAUUCCGUUAUCUGGUUCCUCCACUGUAGACUGAAGACCAUAGAACUCUAAAUGAGGCAGAAGGAAGGGAAGGUGGGAAAAGUACUGAAAAGGAAAAUCCCGCAGGGAUCCAAAUGGUCCUCGAGAGAAUAAUCUUACCCAGAAGCAAGGACCAAGUGACACAUAACUGGGCCCCAGGACUGGCCAACCAGAUGAAAAAUAGGCCAGUGGAGCCUACAUGGUAACUUAUUGCAUUUGGUGCUGUGACGCAACUCAUCUCCACAUCCCUGCAGAGAAACCUGAGACCAUGAGGAGCAGCCUGACCAUGGUGGGAACGCUCUGGGCCUUCCUGUCCCUUGUUACUGCUGUGGCCAGUUCUACCAGUUAUUUCCUACCUUACUGGCUCUUUGGAUCCCAGCUCGGGAAGCCAGUGUCAUUUAGCACAUUCCGGAGGUGCAACUACCCUGUGCGGGGAGAAGGACACAGUCUGAUCAUGGUGGAAGAAUGUGGGCGUUAUGCCAGCUUCAAUGCCAUCCCAAGCCUGGCCUGGCAGAUGUGCACGGUGGUGACAGGUGCCGGCUGUGCUCUGCUGCUCCUGGUGGCACUGGCUGCUGUCCUGGGUUGCUGCAUGGAGGAGCUCAUCUCCAGAAUGAUGGGACGUUGCAUGGGAGCAGCGCAGUUCGUUGGAGGGCUGCUGAUAAGCUCAGGCUGUGCCUUAUACCCUUUAGGAUGGAAUAGCCCGGAGAUAAUGCAAACAUGUGGGAAUGUCUCCAAUCAAUUUCAGUUAGGUACCUGUCGGCUUGGCUGGGCCUAUUACUGUGCUGGAGGUGGAGCAGCUGCAGCCAUGUUGAUCUGUACCUGGCUCUCUUGCUUUGCUGGAAGAAACCCCAAGCCUGUCAUGUUGGUGGAGAGCAUGAGGAAUACCAAUUCUUAUGCUAUGGAGCUUGACCGCUGCCUCAAACCUUGAGCUUUGAAAGAAGAUUGGAGAGGGUGGGAAGGGGGAGGAAAGAGAGACCUGAAAACAUGUAUUAAAGAUUAGGCCAUUUGUCAUCUGACUGCCAGAAGUAUAGCCUAGUGUUUGCAUGCUUUUUAACGUAAUUGUCAUUCAUUUUCACAUAUCUUUAAGCCAGUAGGUCACUGGCUGUUUAUAAAAUUCAUCUAGAGCAAACAUUCUCAGACACUUACCCAGCUGGUGAGUACCUGCCAACCCAAAGACUCAAAGUACUCCUUUAUGCAAAAUAGGAUCUAAAGCUAAGGCUGGGUAAGAAUCGUUGUGCAGAGAGGGAGCACGAGAUGGGUAGAGCUGGUUCCUACCACUCCAAUCACACAGCUCAUUCCGUCAUUUAUUGCCACCCCCAAACAUCUCUGGAGUACCACUGCUCAAUUCUUGUGAUACUAUCAGGAGUAUACCUUGACUCUUUUUUUCUCCUGCUUUUCUUCCCUCCCCCCACCCCCCGUUGUGGGGAAGCUUGGGGGAGGGUGACUCCCAGUGGGGAAAACAUUAAUCAAGAAUGCUUGCGUUUAGCUUGGAGCCUCUUCCUCAUUAUGCUUUAGAAUAUUCAUAGGAGUUCACUUUGUAUUCUGGCUGGGUGAUGAGCAAAAAAUAUAUAGUAGCAAAUAUUCCCUAAUCCUUUAGCGAUACAGAAAUAGUGUUCAUAAAAUGUUGUGAGAAUAGACUAGCGUUUGUGGGGCACUCAAUAGAUUUAAAUUCAUGGUGUCAGUGA